UCGCGCUCUCAUCUCAUCAGAGGCAUUAAACUACAGCAGUCACACGCAGCUCCGAACACCGACAUUCCGGCACUCUCACUAUUCCGUCAGGGAAUUCCGUGUAGGGAAUUUUUGUCCAGGGAAAUCGUACUGAAUCGAAGACUUCCUAUUUGGAAUCACUAAAGGUCACACAACCAUAUGGCAAAUACGUUCACCAUGGACCCCAGCAAUUGCUCAGCUGUGGAUCUCUCUGAUGUUUUGGCCAGCCAGAUGAGUCCCAGCAAGAUCCUCCUCUCCCUGACUCUCUCCUUCCUGGCAGUGGCGACCACCGCCAUCAACUCCCUGGUCAUCACUGCUAUCCUGAUAACCCGCAAACUCCACCAACCCGCCAACUACCUUAUCUGCUCUCUAGCUGUGACAGAUCUUCUGGUAGCUGUUCUAGUGAUGCCCAUCAGCAUUGUGUACAUCGCGGAAGAGACGUGGGUUCUCGGUCCGAUAGUGUGUCACCUGUGGUUGGGUGUUGAUGUUACAUGCUGCACCUGUUCAAUUUUACACCUGGCAGCCAUUGCACUUGAUCGAUACCGCGCAAUCACUGAUGCUGUGGCGUAUUCCCAGAAACGCACGUAUAAAAGAGCUGUCAUAACCAUUUUUUCUCUGUGGACACUGUCUGUGUUGGUUUCUCUACCACCUUUAGUGUGGAGGAAAUCCUCAAGUGUGGAAAACAAGGAUGGGAAGAGGGAAGUCAUGGACUGCUGGAUUGAGCACGACCAUGUGGCCUUCACUGUCUACUCCACUUUUGGAGCAUUCUAUAUUCCACUGGCCCUCAUUUUGGUUCUCUACUACAAGAUCUACAAGGCGGCGGAGACACUGCGUAGCCGUCGAGGGAGCAGCCGAUUAGUCAAACAGACAGUGAGCAGCGUCAUGCUUUCAGGAAUGAGCUCUGAUAAAGACAUCACCCUCAGUCCCGACACAUUCUGCCCAAUUGAGAAGUCAUUUUCCGAACCAUCAACAGAUGGGGAAAGGGUACGCAGCACAUCCUCGUCGGGUAAUCUCAUCAAGGUCCGCAGGAACCCAGGGGCUAGGGAGAGACGGGCGGCUUUGACAUUAGGAUUAAUCCUGGGAGCCUUUGUGGUGUGUUGGUUACCAUUCUUCCUGAAGGAGGUGAUAGUGAAUAUUUGUCUGACCUGCAGCACCUCUGUUGUGCUUGCAGAUUUCCUCACCUGGCUUGGGUAUCUCAAUUCCCUCAUAAAUCCGCUAAUAUACACCAUCUUUAACGAGGACUUUAAGAAAGCAUUUAAAAAACUUCUGCCUUUCUGUUGCAGCAAUGUCAUUUGAAAAUGACUGGGAGGAAAAAAAACAUGGUUUCAUCGGACAAACUUUGGAGUUGAAAUCUGCAACUAAGUUUUAAGAUCUAAGUUACAAUUACAAUCAUACUGUAAAUAAGCGGACUUAACGCAAGAAUUACACAACUUUUUAGAGGCAUUCCAUCAGUAUAUUGUUUAUGUGGUGCCUGUAAAUACUUUGGUACAUGAAUGCAUGUAAAACCAACCCAUUUGCUCCCCACAAAGAUUUCACAUUUCAGUAUUUUGAAAUAGAGAAUGUUAUAUCAAAUUAAAAGGGGUAAAUGUUUGGCUGGUUAGCAUGACCCAGUUAGCCCCUGCUGAUAUGUUGUAACUACACCAUCUGGAUCCAAAAAAUAUAUAUUUUUUCAUUAACAGCCAUUCAAAAGUUGCGUUAUAUACUGACGAAAUAUUUUGUUGUUGUUGUUGUUGUUGUUGUUGAAAAUAUAAAUAUUUAUAUUAUAUAUAAUAUUUUUUUAGUACAUUACAUUAAUAAUGUUGUUUGUUUUAAUGAUUUGUUAUAUCUUAAUGUUCCUCGGGUUCGAACAGAUCUAGAAAAAAAAUAAAAAUAAUUUUGCUCGAAAUAAUUUACAAAACAUCUUAAAGCUGAAUAUGCUUCCAUCAGUUUAAGUUACUUUUAACAGAUCAUGUGUUUUGUCCUUUGGUAUCUUGCUGUUGUGAUCCUUGAUUGUGUUUUUGUGUUAUGUAUAUGUUUAUGUUAUUGUAGCUGCUUUUUUGGUCUGGUCACUCUUGUAAAAUAGAUUUUAAUCUUAAUGAGUUUUAACCUAGUUAAAUUGAGAAUGAAUGAAAAGAAAUAAUAUACAAAACAAUUGCCAGUGACUCUUUUUAUUUUUUAUUUUGGAGGGCUCUCAAAUGUGUGAAUGAGGGUUUGGGUUUACAUGUUUGUGUGGCGGGACCACCCACAUGAGACUAUUGAUUAUUAAGUAGCCUUCAAGUGUUGGAAAUAUCAAAAUUAUGAGUUCCUGCACAUGAAUAACUAAAAGUCUAAAAAUUCUAGAU